CUCCGUCUCUGGUUUGGAUUCUGCGCAGCUGUGUACUUGCAGACGUAUUUGUUGAUAUAAGAAGGCAAUAAGUUGGUUUUUGGCUUGUUGUUAUUGUCUUGUUCUCUUGCUGUGUUCUCGGGGCUGGCUAUUUCUCAUCUAGCUUGUGUAUACUCCACCGAUGACUAUCGAGAUUAAAGGAAGCACCUCGCGGAGCACCUCCUCCUUCGUCGACACCCGCUCCUUUGUCGCCUACCUCGCCCGUGUAACCGUCAAGCACUGGCAACUCCGCGACCUGGUCUGCAAGACCUCGACACCGCACGAAGUCAUCUACGUCUCUGACCACUUUGUCAAGACCCUCGAUCUCAGCAACGGCCGCCGCGGGAGAUGCGCAGAGUUUACAUUCGAUCCGCAGUGCAUCGCCUCCGCGCACGGCAUCGUCGCCGCCGGCGGCGUCAUGCGCGGCCAGCUCGGGAUCACGUACCGGACUACUCCUGCCUCUGGCGCCACCGCGCCCGCGCCGGUCUACUUCUUUGAACUGGGCGGGUACAUCAACAACUCGAUCACGAUCUUCCGUCGCCCGGGCGCGCCGCAGGGCACCGCGUCCGCGCUGGUGUGCAACAACGACCACACGCUGCGGAUCCUCGACAUUGCCGACGCGCGCCACUCGGUCGUCGACGCGGUGCAGAUGCCGGUCCCGCUCAACCACGCCAGUAUAUCGCCGGACCAGAAGACGAUCGUGGCCUGUGGCGACUCGGCCCAUGUGUUUGUGUUUCAUCCCGAGGAAGGCCUGCGGGCUGCGCGGGUGCCGGAUGAUUUGGACGAGACCGCGCGGGUGGAUUUGGCAGGCGACGAGAGCGAGGAGUAUAGCGGACACAAGCGAUGGAAGCCGUCGGCGACGCUAGGUACUUCUUCCGACGCAGGCUUCUCGACCGCGUUCUCGCCGUCCGGUGUUUUGUUUGCUGUCGCCUCGCAGGACGGCGUCGCGAGCGUGUACGAUUCCCGCCAGCUGUCAAACAGUUCGAGCGCAAAGCCGUCGUCGUCGUCACCUCCUCCCGCGAGCAGCAGCGCGAGCAGCAGCCAGCGGCGACGGAACAGCCAGCGACCGCUCAAGUACAUUGAAUCCACGCGGCCGCUCGAGAGCUCGGGCGCGUUCCGGUCUCUGAAGUUUUCGAGCGGGACGGAGGACUUGCUUUUGAUUGCGGAGCAGACGGGAAGAGUGCAUGUGGUCGAUACGAGACGGCUGGAGUAUAAGCAGGUGCUGAAUAUUCCCGUCACGAGACGGUCUGGGUCCGGGUCUGGCCCUGAGCCAUCGUCGUCUUCGUCGUCGCGGAGGCGAUCACGAUCCGAGUCUGCGGACGAGGUGUCGGAGAUUGAGCGCCAGGGAUUCCGGCAGUCUACGUCGAUCUGGGGCGGUGGGUCCCGAGCGAGCGGGAGUACGGUUAAUAGAAGCCCGUUCGGGCCGUCGUGGACGUUUACAAAUACGCGGAUGCCGCAUCUGUCGUCGUCGUCUUCUUCUUCUUCGUCGUCGUCAUCACGGGCGUGGACUGGUAGAGAGGAGACGCGGGAUAGGUACCAGUUUGAGGAUGAGGAUGGAUACUACGACGACGAGGAUACGGGGUACAACUACUGUGCGACUGACGGGGCGUAUGAGAGCGGGAGCGACAGUGCGCUGGAGGAAAGCACGAGCAGCACGUCGCUGCGGAGUUACUUCCGGUACACGUGGGCGCGACCGCUUGUGAGCAGCACGGGCGGGAGCAGCGGGAGCAGUGGCGGGGGAAUCAGACGGGAGAAGGAUAUCUCAGGGCUGGCGUGGAGCGAGGAUGAUGGGGGGUCGAUUAUAGUUGGGUGGGACGGGGGGAUAGGAAAGUGGACGAUUGAUAGCCGAGGACGGCGGGUGUUUCCCUCGUAUAUCAUGCGCUGAUGUUGCUAUUGCAGAGUCGCUGAUAUUGAAGAGGAUGAGAGUCUGGGAGGAGUAUAUGGAAGGCGUAAUUGUGUGUGUUUAUUGUGACUGGAUUUGUGGAUUAUUGUUUUGAGAUUAUGGAAUUGCUAUCUCUUAUCGGACGGGUGAUGUACAGAAGUGAAUUUGAAAAGUAUGUACGGAUUAGAGGAUCGAUAGAGCAAUUGAUGAGAUACGAUAUAGAAAAGAGAAGUAGUUGAGAAGUAGUAGGUGAGAAGAGAGGAUGACAUCACAAUCAGCCAAUAAAGUUGCAGGGAGAUCAGAUUCCGGGGAGGAUGAUGGAGGAGUUGGCGGCGAGCAGAGCAGAUGGGGUGAGGAGUGGAUUGUAGUAGUAAUAGUGAAUCAAUUGAGUAUAUUCUACUAUAAU